AUGGAAGCAGAAUUUGUAGCAUGUUCUGCUGCUGUAAUCGAAUUUGUUGAAUUUCAGAUAGGAGAAACAGCAAUAGAGCUUGGUCUCCUAGUGGUCGCUGAUGAAGUCUAUGGGCACCUCGCUUUUGGAAGUACUCCAUUUGUGCCCAUGGCAGUGUUUGGAUCAUCUAUCCCAAUUAUAACACUUGGUUCAAUAUCAAAGCGAUGGUCUGUUACAGGUUGGAGACUUGCUUGGCUAGCCACAAGCGAUCCCAGCAGCACCCUUCAAAAAUCAAGGAUUCUUGAGUGCAUAAAAUCUUCCCUCAAAAUAAUCUCGAAUCCUGUAACAUUCAUUCAGGGAGCGCUUUCGCAAAUACUAGAUCCUGAGAAGACUAAUCGUGAUUAUUUCUCAGAAAGUACUGAUCUUCUUAGGGAAGCUGUGGAAAUUCCUUGUGAUAAGAUAAAAGAGAUUCCUGGUAUCACUUGCCCAACAAAACCAAAAGGCUCUCUGUUUGCAACGGUGAAGUUGGACUUCUCUAUGCUUGAAUAUAUUGAUGAUGAUAUGGACUUCUGUGUCAAGCUAGCCAAAGAGAAGUCAGUCGUUGUCCUCCAAGGGGUUAUUGUGGGACUGAAAAACUGGCUUCGAAUAAGUUUUGCUACUGAUCCAAAGUAUUUGGUAGAUGGGUUAGAGAGACUGAAAUCCUUUUGCCAGAAGCAUUCCAAGCACAAGUAUUAA